AUGAUCAGAAAGGUGGAUCAAAUCUUUACGAGUACCGCCCAAUUGUCUGGAGAUGCUAUUGUUCAUUUUGUACGCGCGUUGAGCGAAGUCAGCUGGCAGGAAAUCCAAUCUUCAGGCCAGAGCGACUCGCCACGGACUUACAGCCUCCAAAAACUCGUCGAGAUAAGCUACUACAACAUGACUCGUGUCAGAUUUGAAUGGUCGAACAUCUGGCAAAUACUUGGCGAUCACUUCAAUGAGGUUGGAUGUCAUUCGAACACUCAUGUAGUGUUCUUCGCGUUGGACUCAUUGCGACAAUUGUCAAUGCGAUUCAUGGAGAUUGAAGAACUGCCAGGGUUCAAAUUUCAGAAGGACUUCCUCAAACCUUUUGAGCACGUGAUGGCGAACAGCUCUGCAGUGACGGUCAAGGAUAUGGUCCUCAGAUGCUUAAUACAAAUGAUCCAAGCGAGAGGACAGAACAUCCGAUCUGGAUGGAAGACAAUGUUUGGGGUCUUCACCGUCGCAGCUAGAGAACCAUAUGAGACAAUUGUAAAUCUCGCCUACGACCACGUUACUCAGAUUUACAAUACUCGCUUCGGAGUUGUCAUCUCGCAAGGCGCUUUUGCCGACCUUGUCGUCUGCUUGACAGAGUUUUCUAAGAAUCUCAAGUUCCAGAAGAAGUCUCUAGCGGCCAUCGAAACGCUGAAGUCCACUGUUCCGAGAAUGCUCAGGACUCCGGAAUGCCCCCUUUCGCAUCGCAUAAAGCCAAUCACCAACGGAGUCAGCGAGGAAAGAGACGCUCUUCCCAAAGCGAUCAGCAGGCAGACUCAGGAAGAACAGUUCUGGUUCCCUGUCUUGUUUGCGUUCCACGACAUCCUUAUGACUGGCGAGGAUCUGGAGGUUCGAUCAAUGGCUUCAAACUAUCUCUUCGACAUUCUGAAAGAGUAUGGUGGUGAUUUCCCUCCAGAUUUCUGGGACAUACUUUGGCGCCAGCUGCUUUAUCCCAUCUUCAUGGUGUUGAAGUCCAAGUCCGAGAUGAAAAAUGUCUUAAACCACGAAGACUUAUCUGUAUGGCUCUCGACUACCAUGAUUCAGGCCUUGCGCAACAUGAUCACCCUCUUCACUCAUUACUUCGAAUCUCUGGAAUACAUGUUGGACCGCUUCCUCGACCUGCUGGCCUUGUGCAUAUGCCAGGAGAAUGAUACCAUCGCCCGCAUCGGAAGCAAUUGCCUGCAGCAGCUCAUAUUGCAAAACGUGACGAGGUUUCAACCUGAGCACUGGAGCAAGAUAGUGGGUAGUUUUGUCGAGUUGUUCGAGCGCACGACGGCGCAUCAACUCUUCUCCGCAGCCACGACUUCCUCCGAUUCUUCUAGUAUUGCCGAGGACGAGAGCGUUCGAAAACCGUCUGUAGCAGAAGUCUCAACCAUCAAAGACUUACCUUUGACUACCUCGCCGACUAUCUCGACCUUUGCCAGCGCUGGGCCCGAGGCUACGAAGCUGGACAAGGCUCACUAUGCGCCCAGUGAAAGCGACGAGGCUACUUUGGCUGAACAGUCCAUGCGCUCAAGAGCAGGCUCAACGCGUACUAACAUUUCGCCACCACCUACCCCUUCUGCAGCAAAUGCCGAGCUCGAAGACUACCGUCCACAAUCCGGUCUCCAGCAACAGCCCAUAGUAGUCACAGCAGCGCGUCGCAAAUUCUUCAACAAGAUCAUCACCAGAUGUGUGUUGCAACUGCUCAUGAUCGAAACCGUCAAUGAAUUGUUUUCUAAUGAUGCAGUGUAUGCUCAAAUACCAAGCUCAGAGCUGUUGCGACUGAUGGGACUCUUGAAGAGUAGCUACACCUUUGCAAAGAAAUUCAACAACAACAAGGGUCUGCGGAUGAGGUUGUGGAGGGAAGGCUUUAUGAAGCAACCUCCAAAUCUCCUCAAGCAGGAAAGUGGGAGUGCUGCCUGCUAUGUCAAUAUCUUGCUGCGGAUGUACCACGACGAAGGUGAGGAGCGUAGAAGAAGCCGCGCCGAGACAGAGGCUGCACUGAUACCUCUGUGCGCCGACAUCAUUCGUUCAUUCGUCCUUCUCGAUGAAACACAACCGCGCAAUAUCGAAGCCUGGCGCCCUGUCGUGGUCGACGUCAUGGAGGGCUAUACCAACUUUGCCCGCGAUGACUUCGAAAGACAUAUCGAGACCUUCUACCCGCUGGGCGUAGACCUGCUCAACCGGGAGCCCGGAUCGGAAAUACGAGUGGCGUUGCAGGCGCUCUUGCGGCGUAUAGGGGAGAUCAGGAUGGGCAUGCAACCGAGGGAACACACGCCAGUGCAGACGCCGACGAGUCCACGGAGCACGAGUGGUGCGUAUUUUGAAAGGAGAAGAGGAAGUCGAGGGCGAUAG